CCAAAAGCAUUCUUCUACAAAGUUUAAAUGAAAAAUCUGAUCGACAAAAGGAGAUGCGCAACUUCCUGUCCCUCCCGAUUCACGAAAAGACGACCUAUAGCACAAGAAUGAUAGCUGAGCAGAGGAAAGAACUUUUCAAGCAGCUAAAGGAGGAAGAAAGUGUGAAUAUGCUAAAGCAAGCCAGGAGUAAGCCAACCCUCCCGAUGCAAACACCUGCAAGGCGUGAGCUGAAGUUGGCCUUGUUGAAACAAACACACAUUGUGAGAGAAUGUAAACAUGACUUCAUUGCCAUGGAGCGUCAGAAGGCUGUGUUAGAGAUAUCGCUGACGACAAAGAGGUCAGAGAUAUGUAAAAUGGACAAGGCCAUCGCAAAAGAGCAGAGGCAGCUAAGGGAGCUGGAGAAGCUCAUUGAGAAGGACAAUCAAAGCUUUGAACAGUUCCUGAAAGACAAUGAGAAGAAGUCUAUGGAGGCCCGAACAUUCUUUGAACAAGAAGCCAGGUCCAAAGAGGAGAAAAACACUGAUAUUAAGAAGUUGACUUCUGAAAUAUCAAAGUUAAGAAGUGAACUUUCCAACUAUGAAGAAACUCUACAAGAGUACAAGAGAUACAAGGAACUUCUUUUGAAGUUGUCUCCACCAGAUUGGCAGGAGGCCCAGAGGGCGAAGGUUAUGAAGAAAAUACAACUGAUGGGCAACACUGAGGAUGAUCUGAACAAGGAACCAAUGGACUUAAUGACAGUCAAGCAAGGUGUGGAAAAUAACAGAGGCAGUGCCAGGCUGUCACCUGCAGAGAGCAUCAGUCUCUCAAUGCGGCUUGACCUGGAUGCUGAAGGUUCAGAAUACGGGGAAGAUCCAGAGUUGUACUUCACUGACCCAAAACAGCUUAUUGAGCUGAUGACGGAGCUAACAGAGCAGAAUCUGUCUUUGAUCAAGAACUCUACAAGAGCUGAGGAAACACUAGAGGAGCUUAAACAGUCGAUGGAGGCCAUCAAGAAGACGACUGAAAAGGAUGAGGCACUCCUAACGCAGCAAAUGAAUGAGAUGAAUAAGAAGAUCGAGGAAGAGAAAGCGAGAGCCGCCAAGCUUAAAAAGAAGGUUCAGCUGCAUGUUCUGUUGAACACAGAGGAUGAGCAGGAUGACAUGCUGAGUGCGCUCAGCGAGAAGGUGGCAGAGGUGUAUAGGUGCUGUGUGGACAACAGGGGGAGCAGCCACAGCACUUUGGAGAAACUGGCCAGCAUUGAGAAACAGAUGUCUUCACUGUUGCACUGCCUGGAUGACAUACCAACAGAAAGCUUGGAAAUGAUGCAGAAGAUCAAGGACAGCGAGAGAAGGACCAGGCAACGUGAAGAAAAGCUGAGGAUGCAAAGAGAGAAACAGAUAGAAAGGAUGAAGAGAUACUCAGAGCGGUCGCUCUCUGAGUCCAAGAAAACUAGUGGACGUAAACUAAUGCCUAGAUGCCUCCCUACUGCCCAGAAGGGGAAAUUUAAAAAAGUGGAAAGUUCUUCUGCUGACGACGACUUCAACAACUACUUCUCCACAUCAUUGGACUUACUGUAGGAAGCAAAAGGAACGUUAAAUAGUAUAACAAUUAUAUUUCUCUCCAAAUGUUUUACUUCUAUCCACACAUACAAACAAAUUCUUACAAGCUUUAUUAUAUUCACUUUUCCACUCUCCCAAAGGCGUGGCACGGUUGGGAGAGUGGCUGUGCCAGCAACCCGUGGGUUCCUGGUUCAAUCUCCACCUUCUACCAACCUCGUUGUGUCCUUGAGCAAGACAGUUCACCCUUGCUCCUGAUGGGUCGUGGUUAGGGCCUUGGAAGGUAGCUCCCGCUAUCAGUGUGUGAAUGGGUGAAUGUGGAAAUAGUGUCAAAGUGCUUUGAUUACCUUGUAAGGUAGAAAAGCAUAGUGUAACCCAUUUACUCUCAAAUGUUUUUUUGUUUUCAUUUCCUGUAUUUGAAAAUGUUGAAACAUUUAAUAAGUUGAACCUGUCUGCAGGCGUACUGUAUUCUUAAUUCAUAAAAGGACUGGGGGAAUAAACACGUUAUUUUUUUAAAUAUAUACAGCUAGGCCUUGUAGCAUUUAUUUGUCAUAUUGGUUAUGUGAAUGUGUGACAUUCACCGUUAUUGGAUUCCUUUAUAAAGUGAAGAAUUGUUUUCAUUUGUGGAAUACAAAUAUGCAACACGGGCUUCACGGUGGAAGAGGGGUUAGUGCAUCUGCCUCACAAUACAUAGGCCCUGAGUACUCCUGGGUUCAAUCCCGGGCUCGGGAUCUUUCUGUGUGGAGUUUGCAUGUUCUCCUCGUGAAUGCGUGGGUUCCCUCUGGGUACUCCGGCUUCCUCCCACUUCCAAAGACAUGCACCAGGGGAUAGGUUGAUUGGCAACACUAAAUUGGCCCUAGUGUGUGAAUGUUGUCUGUCUUUCUGUAUUGGCCUGCGAUGAAUUGGCGACUUGUCCAGGUGUGUACCCUGUCUUUUGCCCGAUGGUAGCUGAGAUAGGCACCAGCGCCCCCUGCGACCCCAAAAGGGAAUAAGCGGGAGAAAAUGGAUGGAAAUGUGCAACACAUACACUAUGAAAUCAAUACAGAAGUGGCAUUCAAUUAUUUCUAAUUAUUCCCGGUUGCUUCCUUCAAAAAAGUUGAAAUAGACCAUGGGUAGAGAACAUAUGGCUCUCGAGCCAGAUGUGGCUCUUUUGAUGACUGCAUCUGGCUCUCAGAUAAAUCUUAGCUGACAUUGCUUAACACAAUAACACAAUAACACAAUAAGUAAUGAAUAAUUCUGCUGAUAAUCACAGUGUUAAAAAUUACAUUCAAAAGAUAAGACGUUCUCAUGCAUUUUAAUCCAUCCAUCCGUUUCCUACCGCACCUGUUCAAGAAGUUGCAUUAAUGGUAAGAAGUAUUUUAUUUAUUAUUGGUUAGCAUCAAAUAACAAAUUUUAUUAAAAAUAAUAAGAUACUUAUUGUACUCUAAAAAUGUUGGUCUUACUUAAAAAUGCACGCAUUUAGUUGUACUUAGUGUUAAAACUUAUUAAAUGGCUCUUAUGGAAAUACAUUUUAAAUUAUUUGGCAUUCCUGGCUCUCUAAGCCAGGGGUGUCAAACAUACGGCUUGUGGGCCGGAUCAGGCCCACCAACAGGUUUUAUCCGCCCCGCCUGAGGAGUUUGCCAAGUAUUAAAAUGAGUUGCAUUUUUUUUUAAUGAAAGAAAACGCUGUUCUGAAUGUGUCCACUGGAUGUCACUAUAGCAAUUAUGUUAGGACCAGCAAGAGGUUUGUGUCUUCUGCUUGAAACACAUCGUUAUUUUGCACCCUUACUCCCCAAUAAUGUUUUUGUGUGGGUUUUAAGAAUAGACGGUAGUAUCUUGUGUACUCGGAUAAUCAACGUUUACCUUGAAAAUAAUUUUUUGUCUUGAAAAUCAACUUUUAACAUUGCAAGAUGCCUCUUUAUUGUCCUUUUUCCAUAAUAAUAACAUUAAUUAUAAUAAUAAUAGAUGGAUAAAACUAUUUUCUAUACACCCAAAAUGCUUCGGAAUAUCAAAGCCAUUAGAGGCGCCACAUGGACCAAAUUGGUGAUAUAAGGUGUUCUAUUAACGGGUUCUAGGAUUACCGCCACGACUGGAGCCAACUAAGGUAUGAAAAUAUAGUGAGAAAACUUAACCCUUUUGAAUAGUUUUACCUCCGAUUCUCACGGUUUGUUGAGUUAACUCUGGAUUGAUACGUGGACAUGACAAAAGAAGUGUUUGAUACCUCGAAGAGUUCACAUGUUGUGUUUUUUGUUCAAUCCCAGAAAGACUGCGACUUAAAGUUUAAUCCUGGCUUUGUAGAUAAACUGAUACCACGCCUGAACUCAUUGUGUUUUUGAAACUGCACCAACUUCCUCAGAAUUUUCAACUAACUUUAAGUGUUUUUUUCCAGAGGAUUAUUUGUGAUUUGUAUGUUUUCACAAUGUGCUUGUUCUAUU